AUGGCGUAUGAAGCGGAGGCAGAAACACUUCUGGAUCUCAGCUUCCUUACGGAGGAGGAGCGAGAUGCUAUUGCCAGUGUCCUGAGCAGGGAUGCCCGCCUGCGCCAACUGGAGGAGGGAAGGGUCAGCAAGCUUCGAGCAUCACUGGUGGACCCUGGGCAGCUAAAGACCCUGACAGGUGACUGGUUCAGAGAUGCCCGCUCCCAGCGGCACCGCCAUGCCCGCCUGGGCUCUGACCUUGUUCGAGCCUCCAUCCGCCGGAAGAAGAGGUCCAGGGGUGAGCCAGAGCUGGGGAGUGAAGGCGAGCCUGAGGAGGAGGAGGUGGGCUCCAGUCUCAGGCUCUCCUUAGAGGUGCCCGCUCCAGAGAGGGUCAGUGAAGCUGAGCCCUCCCCUUCUCUGUCCUUCCAGGCUCCAGCCCCAACCCCAACUGAAGAAGAGCCCAGCUCCGAGGCCCAGGCGGUUCCAGGUACUGACCCCAACUCUGGUGUAGAGGGCUGCGAAAAAGAGGAGGAGAAGGUGGUGGUGGAAGAGAAGAAAGAGGCAAAGAAGGAGAAAUCAGAGGAGGAGGAGGCUAGAGCUCGAGAGGUCCAGGAACCGGAGCCGGAGCCGGAGCUGGGGCCAGAGCCCCAGCCUGAGUGGAAGAGGACAGGGAAGAGGAAGGAGGAGCCCAACCCACCCUUAGUCCAGGGUGAGCCGGGACCCCAAAGAUUGGAAAAUGGGGAGGAAGAGCUCUUAGGUUCCCCAAAGGGGGGCUCCGCUCCCCCCUUCAACCGAAUGCUGAGUAAUAGCUCCUCAGUGUCCAGCCUCAGCUCCUCCACGCUGAGUGGCAGCCAGCUGAGCCUGUACAGCGAGGGCGAGGCGGGCACGGUGCCUGUGCGCGGCUCCAUCCAGUUUUCGCUGCUCUAUCAGCCGGUACCCGGGGAGCUGCGGGUGCAGGUGAUUCAGUGCCAGGGGCUGGCCCCCGCCCGGAAACGCCGCUCAGACCCCUACGUGAAAAGCUACCUCCUCCCGGACAAAUCCCCGCAAAGCAAGCGUAAGACCGCUGUGAAAAAACGCAACCUGAAUCCGGUGUUCAACGAAACUCUGCGGUACUCUGUGGAGCAGGCGGAACUGGGUGGCCGCGUGCUUCACCUCUCCGUUUGGCACCACGAGAGCCUCGGCCGCAAUCUCUUCCUGGGCGAGGUAGAGGUGCCCUUGGGCACAUGGGACUGGGCUUCCGAGUCCGCCUGGCUGCCCCUGCAGUCCCGGACCCCUCCUUCCCCCGACGGACUCCCAAGCCGGGGGCAACUCUCUUUGGCCCUCAAGUUCAUCCCUGCUGGAGCAGAAGGCGCAGGGCUCCCUCCCAGUGGAGAGCUGCACUUCUGGGUGAAGGAUGCACAGAACGUUGUCCCCUUCCGAUCAGGGCCCCUGGACUCCUACAUCCAAUGCUCGGUGCUGCCCGAUGACAGUCGGGCCAGCCGCCAGAGGACAAGGGUUGUGCGACGGAGCUUGAAUCCAGUCUUCAACCACACCAUGGUCUAUGAUGGCUUUGAAUCCUCUGACCUGCACCAGGCCUGUGCUGAGCUGUCCCUGUGGGACUAUGGCACUCUGGGUAGUCGCCUUCUGGGGGGCACCCGCCUCAGCCUGGGCACGGGCAGCAGCUAUGGGCUUCAGGUACCAUGGAUGGACUCCACCCCUGAGGAGCAGCACCUGUGGCAGAUGCUGUUGGCCCGGCCCUGUGAGUGGGUGGAUGGGCUUCUUCCUCUCAGGACCAAUCUCACACCCAGGAUGUAGCUGGGCCAGCCCCUGCCAAGUGCUGGGGCAGGAGGAGAAGUGGGCAAUAAAGUCACUACC